AUGUUCAUUUUGUUUUUGUUUAUAGAUUACUCUGGGAAUCACAUCCUCCCACUUACACCAGGCACCACACAGAAAGUGUCCCAGGCUCUCUUUGCCAGUUUCAAGAGUUUUGAAAAAGAACAACAAAGGCUUAACAUCCCACGAGAUCCUGCCCAGUGGAAUAAACUUCAUGUUAUCCAAUGGCUUGAUUGGGUGAUGCACGAAUAUGCCCUGAUUGGUAUCCGGACAGACCGUUUCAACAUGAGUGGCAAAGAAAUGUGCCAGUUGGGAAAGGAAGCCUUUCUAGAAAGAGCCCCACCUUAUGUUGGUGAUGUUCUUUGGGAACACCUGGAAGUCAUGAAGAGGGAGGCUGCCCAAGAAAGAGCUUCUCUCUGCAAUGUGCCUCCAAACUUCAGUGAGCCUGUGUGCAUGCCAGAUAUCAGCGAGAACUAUCUCCAACAGCAGAAUAGUUAUCAUACUGAACCCUCAAUUCCUCACCAGAUGCAUAUGGCAUCCACCAAUAACAACAACAAUCAGGCUUAUUUACCAGAAGGUUCCUACCAAAUAUCUGAGUCUAUGCAGACUCUAAAUGAAAUGAACGGGGAAGGCAUGCUACCUGUGGGCAAUCUUUACGAAGAUAAUUCUGAUUAUCACAAUUUAGAGAACAUGCAGCAACAACAUGCUACCUAUUACGAUCAUCCUGAAUUCUAUCCGAUUAUGCAAGAGCACAAAUACCGGCCGAUUCCAACCAAGAAUAUGUGUCGAGGGCAGUACAUUCAUGAUGUAUCUGCAGACAACUACUAUGAUCAUCAACCAUACCAGACAGUACCCAGUAUCAAAGCUGAAUGUUCCUGGUCAACACAAGAAUAUGGUCAGGACAUUAGUGGCCAAGAGACUUGGUCUAUGAACAAUGAACUUCGCUCAAGCCUUCAUCCUGCAGGCUUCCGAAGCUUGCAGACGUCAUCUGCUGACAACCCCAACACUGGUUCUGAUGGCAAGCCUGUUAUUCAGGCAGCAGCACUUGCUGGUUACUCAGGAAGUGGUCCUAUCCAGCUGUGGCAGUUUUUAUUGGAACUUCUCACAGAUAAGUCAUGCCAGCAUUUCAUUAGCUGGACAGGAGAUGGCUGGGAAUUCAAAUUAUCCGAUCCUGAUGAAGUGGCCCGUCGAUGGGGGAUUCGCAAAAACAAACCUAAAAUGAACUAUGAAAAGUUAAGCCGUGGUCUGCGUUAUUACUAUGAUAAGAACAUUAUUCAUAAAACGGCAGGCAAACGCUAUGUUUAUCGUUUUGUAUGCGACUUGCAGGGUCUACUUGGCUAUUCUCCGGAAGAACUGUUUGAAGCAUGUGACAUCAAACCACAGAAGGACAAAGAUGAUGAAUAA